UCCUCUCGUAAAAAAAAAAACGACGCGAACAAGGACAAGGAAAUAACGAUGCCGACAUCAACAUCAAAGGACAAAAAUAAUAAGAAACAAAGACAGAAAGAAAGAGGAAUGAACACUUCUCUGCUGAGUGGCUAAUCAGUGCGCCUAUCUCCAUGGGCUGCCAUUGCCCUCACUUACUGAUAACUCGACGUUAUCGCCGACACAGCUCACCUCCGUUGCUAAAAUCAACUGCCGUACUUGUGGUAGACAGCCGGAUAUGUUUGUGCGGUGCUUCAGCAGCUGAGACUUCCUGGUCCUUGUGGCAUCGACAUCAUUGCUGUACUGAACACCGCAGCAUAGCAUAUAGCGUUCUUCCGCUCAACAUGCAAGUGGCGAAACGAGUACAAGCGAUGCAACAGCCGAUGAGGAUGGAGUUUUCAUCUCUUGGUGAGGAAAGCGAUAUUGUGAACUUGAGUCCCGGAUUUCCUGACUACCCACCACCGGUGUUCCUUCUCAACGCACUCCAGGACGCCAUCGCCAGCAAUAGCUUCCAUCAGUACACUCGCGGAUCCGGUCAUCCGCGGCUAGUCAAUGCCUUGUCCCAGAUGUACUCUCGCUUAAUCGGUCGAAAGAUUGACCCAGAAAAUGAGGUGCUGGUGACAGUCGGUGCCAUGGAAGCACUUUACGCAGUGUUCCUCGGUCUAGUCAACCCUGGGGAAGAGGUGAUCAUCAUCGAGCCCUUCUUCCCCUCAUAUGAGCCGCAGACAUUGUCGGCAGGAGGAGUGCCAGUUUUCGUCUCCCUCCGCCCUCGUAAGGAAGGCCUAAUUUCAAGUGCCGACUGGGUUCUGGAUCCGAGGGAGCUCGCUUCCAAGUUCAAUUUUAAGACCAAGAUAAUUGUCAUCAACAAUCCACACAAUCCACUCGGGAAGGUUUUCUCCCAGGAAGAGCUAGAAAUGAUUGCGGACCUCUGCAGGACGCACAAUGUUAUCUGUGUAAUGGAUGAAGUUUACGAAUGGAUACUUUACGAUGGAAUCGAGCAUAUUAGAAUGAACACGCUUCCUGGUAUGUGGGAAAGGACUAUAACUUUAGGAAGUGCCGGGAAAGCAUGCGGCGCUACUGGCUGGAGGGUAGGCUGGGCUUAUGGCCCUGAGCACCUGCUUAAAGGACUACGAAGGAUACACGAGAACUGCAUCUGCACAGUCAGCACUCUAAUGCAGGAAGCAGUGGCCGUAGGUCUUGAGAAACAAAUGGACCGGAUGGCAGAUCCCACAGGAUAUUGGAACCGCCAGUCCUAUUCACUCCAGAAGAAGCGCGACUUCAUCUCCCGCUUGCUCGGAUCGCUCGGUGUGACUGUCACCGUUCCCCAAGGAGCUUACUACAUUUUCUGCGACUUAUCAAAUCUAGCAUCAAAACUGGAGGUACAAGGCAAUGAAGACGAAGGUCACCUCCUCACACAAUGGUUGUGCAGAAAAAAGAAGCUGAUGGUCACUCCUGGUAGUGCGUUCUAUAGUGAGGAUGCCCAACUCCUUGCUAAGGAUUUCAUACGAAUUUGUUAUGCGAAGGACGAUACAACUCUUCUGAAAGCUGCUGCUAUACUGGAAGGACUGAAGACGAUGUUGAGUAGAAAUUAGAGCACACCAAGGAGUGUGAGUGCAAAAUGUCGCUUGCAAAUGACAGCAACUCAAAGCUCAUUAGUAAGGAACAUGAUUGAUUUCCAGCAUUUCUGAGUUUUCUCGUGGCGGCUGCACUUUGAAAUGUUAUUACACUUGUCACCGGUGUGUUAACUAUAAUUAAAGUGGCUGUGGUGAAUUCGUGUCACAAAAAUUGGAAGCUGCAAACUGUGGUUGUGCCUUAACCUUUUGUUCACCAAAUACGCUUUUUAACGUGUCGGGAUUACCAGAACAUACACAGCGACAACAGCGCAUGCAUGCUGACAACCAGUGGCGUAGCCAGAAAUUU